AUGUCGACAGUUAUGGAGAUGUCGACGACGCGAGCAGAAAUCCGUUCAGUCCUUGUGAAACAUUGGCGUUCACUGGACAAGGCCAGGCUCCACACGAUUCAUUUAUGGCUUUUGUUGUAUGCUGCUGCACAGAUUUUCAUUGAAUAUUAUUUCUCGGAAGUCUAUGCAGUAUUGAUGUUAGAAGCAGAUGAUCGGCCACAAUCGAAAGAGAAUCAUGAGAGUGUCAAAAAAUGGUCUCCAUUCUGUUUCUAUGCUUCAAUAUUCUUCAUUGCAUAUCUCAUCCUCACGUGUUUUGCAAUCAGAAUCCGCCAGCCGAAAAACAACGGUAUUGUUUUCCAGAAAGAAGGCAUGGGCCUCGUUCUGGUAUCCCUUUCUCUAUGUGUUCUACUUCCCGCGUUCUCGUGGAUUCUCCAUCUUCCUGUUGUGAUUUUUGUGAGUCGAGAACGGAUUCAUACCAAUGAACACGACCAUUCUGCACUCUACACAAGUCUUUGUAUAGCUUCAGUAAUUCAAUUCUUCAUUCUUCCCCGUCAUCGUCGCAUCUUUUUCAUCGUCGCCGUCAGUUGGAUCGUUGCCAAUUUCCUGUUGAUUGUGGCAAUCAAUUGGGAUGCUCUCAAUGUCAAUUCUCUUUUUAUGUGCUCGUGCCUAUCCCUGUUUCUACAUCAAGGAGUUAUUGCGAUAGUGGGGGUUAUAGCUGAUUCGAAUGAAGCUGGAAAUCGAGCAGAGAUUGCAAAGAAGCUCACUGAAGCAGUUUAUAGAAGAACUGAGUUGGAAACGUUAAAAGAUAGACAAGAACAGCUUCUCCUUUCGGUUAUUCCUGCAUAUCUAGCGGAUCAAGUGAGCAAAAGUAUUAUACAAUCAAGUAGUACUGGAACAGGAACAGGAAAGGCUAAUUCAAAAAAUCAUAAGUUGUUUCAUGAUCUACAUGUUCAAGUUCACGAUAAUGUUAGUAUUCUGUUUGCUGACAUCGUGAACUUCACUGUGUUAGCUGCUCAGCUAACAGCUAGAGAUUUAGUCCGAACUCUCAACGAGUUGUACUCAAAGUUCGAUCGAGAUGCACAACGUCUUCAAUGUAUGCGCAUAAAAUUCCUUGGAGACUGUUACUAUUGUGUAUCUGGAAUGCCUGUUAACCGACCCAAUCAUGCUGAUAUGUGUGUUGUAAUGGGACUCGAAAUGAUCAAUACUAUCAAACAAGUCCGCCUCGCAACUGGAGUAGAUGUCAACAUGAGAAUUGGCGUUCACACUGGCUCGGUUCUCUGUGGAAUUAUGGGUCUCAGAAAGUGGCAGUUUGACAUUUGGAGUGAUGAUGUCACUCUGGCGAAUCACAUGGAAUCGGCAGGGGUUCCGGGAGCUGUUCAUAUCACAAAGUCUACGAAAGAUAGACUUCUAGGGGAGUACUGUUUCGUAGAUACAAUCGCUGAUGAUCCACAUGUGAUGUCUUAUGGCCAGCAAACUUAUCAUAUUCUUCCGGAUAAAACAUCAGCAAUUGAGAGAACUGCUUCAAUAUACCGGAGCAGUCGUUUAUCAACUAGUCCUGCCCUUCAAUCCAGAGUUAGUAUGAAAGCAAAAGUGUCCAAAAUGGUGGAGUUCUGGGGAGCAGAAACACCAUUUGCCAACUUUACAAAGAAGAAGUUUUCGACUUCUCAUGAUCCAGCUCUGAUCACGGACGAAAUCGCUCGUCGUCCCACCUAUAUCAACACUAUUCCAUCAAUGACGUUGAUUGAGAACAAUCUUACCAACUUUUCAUUCAACAAUAUCAACUCAAUGUUCAACUGCGAGUUACCAACAAUCCCUGCAUCUCCAAAACUUCUAUGGCCAUUCAGCCGGAAGUCUAUCACUUGUAACCUAUCGGAUUGUGUUCUUCUCAUGAUUGUCUGUAUCCCAUCAGCUCUCGCUAACAUGCUCCUUUGCUCACUCUACUGCCCAUCGGAUGUUCUCCAACAAAUAUCUCUCCAACAAUUCUUCACUAUAAUAGGAUUGGCAAUGCUUGCACUUCUAGGAAAAGUUUGUUCUUAUGCCGGACCACUGAUAACAAUGGUUGCAUUUAUUCUAUCUUCUUGUAUUCCGAUUGGACCACAUAUAAUAAUCAAAAAGUCAAAACUGGAUGGAGUAAUGGCGUUCAACUCUCUGAUAUUCCUUCCAAGUUGUGUCAGCCAUCUCGUUUCAGUCUUUAUCCUUUAUCGUCUACCGUAUUCUCAUCGAUGCUUUUUAUUCUUUGCUGAUUUUGUGAUCUUCCAAGUUCUUCUCUCAAUCUUCCCAGCGUAUGGUGCAGAAGUUUAUGUUGGAUAUAUGGGAUAUCACUUGUCAAUAGUCUCAAUAAGUUUAUCUCUUCUAGUUGUCCUUCUCUUUUUCAUUGACUGGAUUACCAACUACGAGCGGAAACGAGAGAGUGCUUGCCACGUGUCCUUCCAGAACGAGGAAAGAGACGUUGAAACUAUGCAAGACAUCAAUAAAAUCCUCAUUGAAAAUAUCUUACCUUCAAGUGUUGCGGCUAAAUUCUUAUCUCCCGAUCGAGCGGUCAACGAGUUGUAUGCACGUCAACAUGAUAACGUAUGUGUGAUGUUUGCUUCGAUUCCAAACUUCAAAGAUUUCUGGAGCGAGUGGGAUACGAAUAGAAAACUGGAAUGUCUGAGACUCCUUAAUGAAAUUGUGUGUGAAUUCGAUAAGUUGCUGUCGAAACCCAAAUUUUCGAGUGUGGAAAAGAUAAAGACAGUUGGAAGUACUUAUAUGGCAGCUGCUGGAUUGAAUGAAUCUGAAACUGAUUGUGAGGAUGAUGAACUGAUCUAUCUGGAGAAGCAAAACCAUGGAAAGUUUAACAACAAUCUUCGCCGUGGCAACUUGGCAUUCCGAAAUGCCAACCUAAUGAUUGAAUUCGCUCUGGCAAUGUCACAAAUUCUCGAUGCACUCAACAGAGAUUCAUUCCAAAACUUUGAACUUCGAAUCGGAAUGAGUGUUGGUCCACUGGUAGCCGGUGUCAUUGGGGCACAAAAACCUCAAUACGACAUUUGGGGGAACACUGUGAACCUUGCAAGUCGUAUGGACACUCAUGGAGAACCGAGAAAGAUUCACGCUACAACUGAUAUGGGAUUGAUCCUUCAAGCGGGUGGAUAUCGAGUUCAAAGUCGAGGAAAGAUUCGUGUCAAGGGAGUCAAGGUUUGA